GACCACAAUGCCUUCCACAUCACGGCGUAGGGUUACACCAGGGUUCUAACAUGGUUUAUUGCCUUCUCAUGAGUCACAUGUGGUAGGGUAGGAGUACUUCAGUAGCCAUUUCAGCCCCAAUUUGCCAUAUGUUGACCGUAACUUCUGGCUUCGGGUCUUUCCUAUCGAUGAUUGUUUAAGCAAAGUUGUCCCUUUGUUAAGACCAUGGCCAACUUCUCGGUCCACGUGCUACCAAAUCCACCAGAAGACGAGGCCACGUUCCGAGAAUAUUCGAACAGAUUGAGGACCCUACGUUUGAAGUCACUCCAAAGCGAUCCAGAUAAAUGGAUCUCGCGCUAUGAUAGCGAGAUUCAAGAGCAACCUGAAUUUUGGUGGAACAGGUUGAGGGCAGAGGGAGUUAUUCAUCACGUGCUCGUUGCAAACGCUGGCAACGACAAGUCGUCUGUUCAGUACCUACUGGAGGGACAAUGGGUUGGAUUUGUCGUUACCACGUGCCCAGCUCUCGACAUGCAACCCGAGUAUCACAUUGCGGCCGUCUAUAUUGACCAGGACUUCCGUGGUCGUGGCUUGGGGAAGAUCUUGAUGCGAGAAGUUCUGAACACGGUCAAGGCAGAGGUCUCAAAAGCCACUCAGCCGUCCCCAUACUGUACGAUAGGUUCAUUGCAUGGAAAUGAAGUUGCGGCCAGGUUGUAUCAGUCAAUGGGAUUUCAAGUCACAGAUCCGGAUGAGAUUGUCGAGAGAGCAGGCUAUACCUACCACAUGACUGCGAUGAGCAUGGAUUUAUGAAAUGACCAAAGAGUUUCUUGCCAUUGAUAUUGUCAAGUUCAAAGUAGUUAACAUGAACAAUUGCUUGUGACUGG